AUGUGGCUCAUCCUGCUGGCGUGCUUGCUGCACGCCGCCGGCGCCACGCCCCAGGCGCCCGGUGUGUCGGCUGACUUGUUUGCCUCGCUUGAGCGCCUAGCCCGGCUCGUCGACAUUUCCUACUGUAUCGGCAGCACGGGUAUCAGCGAGCCCUUCAACUGCCUCUCGCGUUGCGCCGAGUUCCCCAACGUCACCCUGUCCACGACGUGGAGCACCGGUCUCUUCAUGACCGACAGCUGCGGCUACGUUGCCGUCGAUGAGACCCCGGCCGACCCCAGCCUCGCCAUCGACUCGCACGGGGCCAUCAUCGUCGCCUUUCGCGGCACCUACAGCAUCGCCGACACAGUCGUGGACCUCAGCACCGUGCCACAGAAGUACGUGCCGUAUCCUUCGCCAGGCGACGGGCCUGCGCACAAGUGCACCAACUGUACCGUCCACAUGGGCUUCUACAAGGCCUGGCAGACCGCCAAGGAGUCGGUCAUUUCCGAAAUUGUCCAGCUACGGAGAAUACACCCGUCCAAGCCGAUCCAUCUUAUUGGCCAUAGUCUUGGAGGUGCAGUGGCGUGUCUGGCAGCCCUCGAGCUGAAGACAAACAUAGGCCUAGACAAUCUUGUCGUCACGACAUUUGGCGAGCCGCGUGUGGGUAACGAUGGGCUCGUUGAUUUUAUCAAUCGCGUAUUCGACUUGAACGACGAGACCGACUUGGAAAGGCGCUCCUACCGACGCUUGACGCACACAAACGACCCUGUCCCGCUGCUGCCACCUGGAGAAUGGGGAUAUAUGUCGCACGCUGGCGAGAUUCACAUUACAAAGUCUCAACUUUCCCCGGCUGGAGAAGACUUGCAGUUAUGCAAGGGCAACCACGACAAAAAAUGCAGCGCCGGGCAGGACAGCACUUCCGAGAGCCUGGCGCGCUUGACCGAGUUUUAUCAAAGCUUCGCGCGUAGUCAGUUGGAGAAACGGACCUUUCCCACGCGGCUCAAGUUAUGGCAGCUAUUUUUCGCGCACCGAGAUUACUUUUGGAGGCUGGGACUCUGUUUUCCAGGUGGCGAUCCGUUUGACUGGGGUCGCGGCAAGACGUCCGAGUUGGACGCUGUUGAACUGGAAGCGGAAAACCAAGAGCUGUAG